UCUUGGUUGGUUUGGUUUAAACAUCAUUGAGACAACAACAACAACAAAUUUCAUUUCCGUCUUUCAGCUUUUCACUCCGACCAGCAAAACGUUUCGGCAAAGAUGGUGUUUACUGUCAGUGCAUGCGACUCUCGACAGAUACCAAGCUCCAGCAACAGUAGUACUGAUCGUAAUCGGACAGGUAACAACAUCUCGAAGAAGAGGAAUCAUCAGACAGAAGAAGGUGUUGCUCAUCAGGACAACAAUACGGUGCUUGGGAGAAGGAAAAAAGUGAGGACGAACAAAUCGGAAUUCAAAGCUGGUUCGUCUUCAUCGGACGACAACAACUCUUUCUUUGUCCUUGUCACGGAUGCAAAUCUGAAAGCAGAUAGUCUGAAUCUUCCAAAAGAUUACACAUACUCUAGUGUUCUGAAUAAGACCUGCCACAAGAUUGUUUUAACUGAUGGAAGUAAUAACUCAUGGGAACUGGAUCUAAAGUUCAACCAAUUCUCUGGUUGUUUUUACAUAACCAGAGGUUGGAGACAUUUCUGCGAUGAGAACGGCAAAAAGGCCGGAAAUGUGUUCACGUUCGAGCUAACGAACCGCGGGGAAACGCCUUUGCUCACUUUCUCCCCUUCCAAUUCUACUCUGAGUUAUGAAACUUCAGAAGGCCUGGAUAAGUUUGUGACUGUAAGACUCACAUAUGACAGUAUGAACAACAGAAGAUGUUAUAUUCCAGCGGACUUCUUGGGAAAACAUGGGUUGGACAUUGAAACAAGGAUGGUAACACUACUUAGAAAAGAUGGUACGAGGAUGUUGGCAACUCUAUCACGGGAGUACUCAACAUCAAACCUAGGACGAAUGAGUCUAACUAGAGGAUGGAGACAGUUCGUUAAAGCAAGUCAUUUGAAGGAAGGUGAACACAUAACAUUCGAGUGUAUUUGGCAAAAUGCAACUCCUAUACUCAAGCUGACUGAAACAAAGUCCAAUAUCCCUAUAAAGAGAAGCAGAAAGAAAUAUACAAGAGCUAGCAAGAAAGUGUCUACUGUUUCUACUAAGCCGAACGUUGGAAAAGAACCUGAGAAAGACAAGAACAUGGAGGAGCCGAUCAUCACUGCAUUACUACCACCAACCGAAGACAGCAGAGUGGUUACUGAACCGCUCAUGAACGAUGAAAAAGAACCUGAGAAAGACAAGAACAUGGAGGAGCCGAUCAGUGCAUUACUACCACCAACCGAAAACAACAGAGUGGUUACUGAACCGAACCGGAACGAUGGGAAAGAACCUAAGAAAGACAAGAACAUGGAGGAGCCGAUCAGUCCAUUACUACCACCAACCGAAAACAACCGAGUGGUUACUGAACCGAACCGGAACGAUGGAAAAGAAUCUGAGAAAGACAAGAACAUGGAGGAGCCGAGAAGUCCAUUAAAACCACCAACCGAAAACAACCGAGUGGUUACUGAAUCGAACCGGAACGAUGGAAAAGAACUUGAGAAAGACAACAACAUGGAGGAGCCGAGAAGUCCAUUACAGCCACCAACCGAAAACAACCGAGUGGUUACUGAACCGAACCGGGACGAUGGAAAAGAACUUGAGAAAGACCAGAACAUAGAGGAGCCUACCAGUCCAUUAAUAUCAUCACUAAUUCAAAACCGCCGAGUAGUGGUGUUACCACUUGUUCCAGCUGAUGUCAAAGCUUCUACGCUGUGGCUUCCAAGAAAAUUCAUGAAAGAUAACGGAAUCAACAAGAUUGGGAAAAUAGUUAUGUGGGGAAGAAAUGAAGUUGAGUCGUGGUGUGGGUUUCUACUGUCAAAAGAUGGAAUGGUAGCUGUAGGUUGUGGUUGGGAAAACUUCUGUGAAACUAAUGGAGUGAAGAUUGGAGAAUCCUUUUCUUUAGAGUUCAUCAUGCGUAGAGCUGACGCAACUCCGGUACUUCAGUUUAAACCCAAAUCUAGGUCAUAAAACCUAAAUAAUGUUUAAGUUUCUGUUUGAUUGUCGAGUUAAAGAUACUUGGCUAAUAAAUAUGCAUAUCAUGUUAUCAAGACUUAAAGAGUGUUAUCAAGACUUAAAGAGUGUAUGUUAAAGGAAUGCAACUUUGGUUCACCU